AUGGACGUACGGGAGCAUUUGGGGGUGUUGGGAUCUCCCCUGAAGGGCGAGUCCCGGCGAGCCGUCCCGCGGAGCAGCCGGGUUGCCCUCCUACUUGCCGGUGGCCGAGGCCGGGCGUCCCACCGCACGCAUCCUGCCGGCGAGAGAAAGAGGCUGCGAUUUUCUACCCAUUGUGCGCGCUUUAUCGCGAUUAAACUCCAGAUGAACAUCAAAGGGAAAGAAGUUCAUCAAAACAGGAAUGAAACAAAAGGCUUUCAAAGCGCGGUUAUCGUGCACCAAGCAACGCUUUUCAAAGGCAGAAAAGUUCACGUUAAAUAUAGACUACCUUACUGGCACUGCCUUAAUGGCGAGAGCACCCAGGCGGCCCUCCGCGCCAUCCGGCAGCCGUACUUGUUGCUGGAGCUGACAGCAAAUCCCUCUCCGUUUUGGAGGCUCUGUCAUGCGUGGGUGCCGGAGCUGGCCGAGGCCACUGGUGAGCAGGGAACAGCCAGCAACGGCCUGGGAAAGCGCAUGCUUUAUUCAUACAACCAAGCCCUGUGCCAAGCACGGUUCGGCUACACACGAGGUUUGGGUCCAAAAGGUGUCUACUGGGGUAAAAGCAGCAGAGAGGAGGCUGUGGUCGGGUUCAACAUCUUGCACGUCAGUGCUAACGCCACAGCCAAAGGCCACAUCAUGGACAUGGAUGACAGCAGAAACCAUCAACCUCAUAUUCUGGAUGGACAAACUCCACAGAACACGAGAGAAACAGAAACGAUCCGCUAUUUUGUGCCGACGAAGAUUGUGGAUAGAAUAGAUGACAACAAAGAUGGCUAUCUCACAACAGAGGAAUUAAAAAACUGGAUUAAACGUGUGCAGAAACGCUAUAUCUAUGAAAACGUAGCUAAAGUUUGGAAAGACUAUGAUCUAAACAAGGACAAUAAAAUUGCCUGGGAAGAAUACAAACAAGCCACAUAUGGUUAUUAUCUAGAAAAUCCAGAAGAAUUCCAAGAUGCAACUGAUCAGCACAGUUUUAAAAAAAUGCUGCCCAGAGAUGAAAGACGAUUCAAAACUGCAGAUCUGGAUGGAGACUUAGCUGCCACUCGUGAAGAAUUCACUGCUUUCCUUCACCCAGAGGAGUUUGAGCAUAUGAAAAACAUCGUCGUCUUAGAAACCUUAGAAGAUAUAGACAAAAACGAGGAUGGUUUUGUGGAUCAAGAUGAGUACAUCGCUGAUAUGUUUGCAAAUGAAGAGGGUGGACCAGAGCCUGACUGGGUGAUUACAGAGCGUGAACAGUUUUCAGAUUUUCGUGACCUCAACAAGGAUGGAAAGAUGGACAAAGAAGAGAUUCAGCACUGGAUUCUCCCGCAAGACUAUGAUCACGCACUAGCUGAAGCCAGGCACUUAGUCUAUGAAUCGGAUGUAGACAAGGAUCAAAAACUAACGAAAGAGGAGGUUCUAGACAACUGGAAUAUGUUUGUUGGAAGUCAAGCUACUAAUUAUGGGGAGGACCUCACAAGAAACCAUGAUGAACUAUGAUACAGUGUACCAACCAGUAUGCCACAUACUUAUUCUCCACUUUACUGAAAUCAGGGUGUCCAUCGCCUCUUUUUGGGAAGAUGGGCAAGGGACACGCUCAUAACUGAAUGACUUGCAUUAAUAUAUUUUUAACAUGCCAGCUUAUUACCUCAGAAACUGCGUAGAAAUAGCUUUUUACUCUUUUCACAUGGUUAAAUACAGUAUCUAAUUACUACAGUUUUAUUUUGGAAAAAAUAAAAAGGUAACUUCUCUUAAUAGAUUAGAGCCAGAGCUGGAAAAGGCACUUCUAAAACAUAAUUGCAAGGAUCUUUAAUAAUGAAAUAUUUUCUUCAAAUGCCCAUAUUUUACUAUAGUGAAACGCAGCUAAGAUUAGAAAGGAACAUAAUGUUUAAACAGACUAAGUUAUUUAGUCAUUUUUUUAAAUAACAUAACAAUUUACAUUUAAC